AUGAAGAAAUCAGGUUCGUUGCGGAUUUGUAUCGAUCCGAAACCCUUGAAUGCUGCUUUGAAGAGGGAACAUUAUCAAAUUCCUGUGAUUGAUGAUCUAUUACCAGAUCUGACAGAUGCGUGUGUGUUUACUAAAGUGGAUCUAGCUUCAGCUUUCUGGAAUCUCGAACUGGAUGAAGAGUCCAGCGUCCUGACAACUUUUGCAACUCUUUAUUGUCGUUUCAAAUGGCUUCGUCUUCCAUUUGGUCUCAAUGUCUCGAGCGAGAUAUUCCAGAAGCGUCUAAAUCACGAGUUAGAAGCCCUUCCUGGCGUCAAGUGUAUCGCUGACGAUGUGUUGAUUUAUGGUACCAGUGAAGCUGAUCAUGACAGGAACUUAGCCAACUUUAUGUGUAGGUGUCAACACAAGGGCAUGAAGUUAAAUCCCCAGAAGCUAGAGUUCAAGUGCAAAGAAGUUCCAUUUCAUGGACAUUUGCUGACCACCGAGGGAUUGAAAGCAGACCCAGAGAAAGUUGGAGCAAUACGAGAAAUGCCACGUCCAGAAAACCAAAGAAGACGUGUUACGCCUAAACGGGAUGGUAACCUAUCUUAGUCGUUUCCUGCCUCAUUUGUCUGAUGCGAUGAAACCCUUACGAGAUCUUACCCAUAAAGAUGUCGUGUGGAGUUGGAGAAAGCAUGGGAUAACGCGAAGAAGCUUAUCUCAACUGCACCAGUCUUGGCAUACUACCAACUUGCAGAACAAUUGGAAAUUCAAUGUGAUAGCAGCCAAAGUGGUCUUGGAGCCGCGUUGAUUCAGAAUGGACAGCCAAUUGCGUAUGCAAGCCGAGCUCUAACGGAAACGGAAUCUCGUUAUGCUCAAAUAGAGAAGGAGUUGUUAGCUGUCGUUGUCGCAGUGGAAAAGUUCAACGAUUACACAUUUGGUCGAAAGACAAUUGUCCACUCAGAUCACAAACCUCUUCAGUCGAUUCUCAAGAAACCCUUACAUCGAGCACCGAAGAGAUUAAAAGGAAUGAUUCUUCUCCUGCAGAAGUAUAACGUCGAAGUUCGGUACCAAAGUGGGAAAACAAUGCUAUUUGCAGACACCCUUUCCAGAGCCUAUGUUCCAGAGACAACUGGUCAAGGAGAACCGGAGUUCGAAACCAUCAACAUGCUAAAGUAUCUGCCUAUAUCAGAAGAGAGACUCCUGCAGAUACAGCGAGAAACGGAGAAUGACGAAUCUCUCCAGGUCCUCAAGGCCGUAAUCCAACAGGGCUGGCCUGAACAGAAAUCUGCCCUACCAAAUAUCAUCUCUCCAUAUUACAACAUGAGAGAUGAAAUGUCCGUUCAAAAUGGACUCAUUUUCAAAGGAGAAAGAGUGGUAGUUCCACGAGCGAUUAGAAGCGUUCUGAUGAAGAGAGUUCAUAAUGCGCAUCUUGAUGUUAAUGGAUGUCUUAACAGAGCCCGAGAGUGUUUAUACUGGCCUGGGAUGUCCGGGGACAUCAAGAAUUGUGUGUCAACGUGCGAGGUGUGUAGAGAAUAUGAACGAAGCCAGACGAAAGAAACUCUAAUGAGUCAUGAGGUACCAAGUCGACCAUGGCAACGUGUAGCAGCUGAUCUUUUCGAACAUGCUGGAAGAACCUACCUGGUCACCACUGAUUACUUCAGUGAUUUCUUCGAAUUGGAUCAUCUUCGACGUACAACCUCAACGUCAGUGAUCAAGAAAUUGAAAGCUCAUUUUUCAAGGCAUGGUAUUCCUGAACAGUUAGUAACAGACAACGGUCCACAGUUUGUGUCACGUGAUUUUGUCAAAUUUGCGAAAGAGUGGGAUUUUGAUUCUCCGCGUCAUAGUCAAGCCAACGAAAAAGCGGAGAGUGCUGUGAAAGAGGCCAAAAAGAUCAUAAUGAAGCGCAACAAAGCUGGCACCGACACAUUCCUAGCUUUGUUGGAUCACAGAAAUACGCCAUCUGUAGCCGUCCAGAUUAGUCCUGCACAGCGUUUGUUCAGUAGAAGAACGAGAAGUCUUUUACCUAUGUCUGCUGAAUUACUCAAGCCAAGUACGGCAGAUGAUGAUUUGACACGCCUCAAAUUGCGCAUGCGUCAACAACAACAAGCAAGGUAUUACAACAGAGGUGCGUGAGACCUUCCACCUUUAGAAGAAGGCGACUCGGUAAGAAUCAAGCCCUGGAAACUUGGAAAGAAAGAAUGGCAACCGGGAUCGAUAAGAAAACGUUUGGAUGAGAGAUUCUACGAAGUGCAAACACCCUGCGGUAUUCUGCGACGAAACAGAGUUCAUUUAAGAAGGUCCGAUCUAUCCUUAAACAACAAUGAUGCACCUACUCAAAAUCCAGUGACGAGAUCGCCCAGAGAACCUAUUACCUCAACCCCAGUGAUCGUACCUACCGUGGAGCUGAGUUUGCCAUCAACCUCAACCACAAUUCCUCCAUCUCCAACAAAUGAACAAGAUAGUAGCAGUUCUGGACACACCAAAGUUCGAAGAUCUCAGCGUUUGCGCCGAUUACCAACACAUUUGAAGGAUUUUGUUUUGAAAUAG